ACGUCGUCGUACCAGUUUGACGGUGGAUGUUCCACGGAGGACCCGCCGUUCGUGCCUAUAACAUGGAACAUUGCUUUACCGUUCUCGAUCGACGACGACGAGAUCGAAGAACUCCCGAGGUGAAGAAGCGAUGCGCAGCCUCGCUCGCAGGCUACUAGUAUGGCCGAUGUUGGUACUGUCCCUGCUGGUGGCCGGCCGUCUGCUGUUUGGCCGUGAUGUUCGACUGCCGACGACGACGCUCAUCUUUCAUGAUGAUACUCUGAUCCCGGUUGGCAACCACGUAAACUUACCGCAGGAUGCUGAUCCGCCUGCUUAUGCGGCUGGUAUUUACAUGGCGGGUCAACAACCGCGUAAUGGAAGUGCCUGCAGGUGGUACUACGGUCUGCCGGAUGUUCUCUCCUAUCCGCCGUUCAGGCUCACCUGGACUCCCGAAAUCGGGGAGAAGAGUCCCUACAGGGUCCUGCCGUUCGUGGUGCGCGGCGCCGCCGAAGCGACGGACAGGUUGCCCCAAGUCACGCUGUCCACACACGCCACCGCCGAUCAGGUUUAUGGGAUUGUGGAGCUGGCCAGACGGUGGGAGGGACCGCUCAGCCUGGCGGUGUUCGCGCCAGGCCUCGACGCUGGCCUCGCUGUCGCUCAGCUUGAUCGGGCCUGUCGGUGCGAGCCUGCCAUGUACAAGGUUUCCGUCCAUCUGGUGUUUCCGGCCGGUCGACCGCCCGCCUUGGGUGCAAUCGGUCACACCCGGGACGAUUGCGCCGCGUCCGAUCUUCAGGGGCGGCAAGCCGAGACCGAGAGGAAACGCAGGGGCAUGACGUAUCCCAUCAACGUCGCCCGGAACGUAGCUAGGAUAGCGGCGAACACGUCUCGCGUCCUGGUGUCGGACAUCGAGCUGCUACCGAGCGCUCGGCUAGCCUCCGGCUUCAUGGAGAUGGUGCGCCAGCGUCCGCCCAAGGUCGGCGUGGUCUUCGUCGUGCCCGUCUUCGAGAUAGCGUCCAACGAACCGCCGCCGACGACGAAGCGUGAACUCCUCGCUGCCUGCCGGGCUGGCUUGGCAGUGUACUUCCACAGGUAUGCGUGGAUCUACAACUCACGCGUCCUAAUUUUAGAUCUAUCGACUUUCUGCCGUUGUGACAAUCGCAACGCAACACCUGCUGCGUCGACGGUACGUAAAAGACGGUACGCUAACGGAAUCGUCCGUGGCAGGUUCCUCUGCCCGCACUGCCAGAGGUUUCCCGGAUUGACCAGGUGGAUGAUCAGGCCGGAUCCGAACAAAGUGCGCCCGUUGAUUGUCACCAGGAGGGAAUAUCCGCAUCACAGAUGGGAGCCGGUUUUCAUCGGCACGCGGGACGACCCGCUCUACACGGAAGAGAUGUCCUGGGAAGGGAAGCAGGACAAGAUGGCCCAGAUGUUCGAGAUGUGCCUCCUGAAUUAUCGGCUGGUCGUGCUCGACGGUGCCUUCUUAGUGCACACUCCGGGAAUCAAGCGGAAAACGCGCAAGAUCAACGCGACCGUGCAGGAGUUCUUCCGGCCACACGAGAGGAGGAACGCGAGGAUCUACCAGCGCGUGAUAAAGCGCCUGAUUAAGCGAUACCCGAUCAACCGUAGAUGCGCACAGUGAAAAGGGGGGUUAGAAGGCAGCGUAAUGCUUCCUACAAGAGAGAGGAACAGAGAAGCGCCUCUUCGAUACAUGCACGGUGCCUGUAACCGCGUACUAACAAUAGGAAAAUAUUUUUCAGCACGUCAUGUUUGUUAGGCCUAGGAAGGCGAGGGACAUUACCUCGGCUUAACGACGAUCAAUUCUUUUUCACCGCGAGAAUAAAGGUUUUUACACGAGUAA